AACUGCGCAUGCGCUAAACCGAGCUCGGAAGCAAAGUCGGGCUGAUCCAAGGGUCCUCAUAAAAAUAUCGCAAAUAAAAGCCAUGUCUGGGUUUCUGGACGGGAUCCGGUGCGGAGACUGCGAGUGCAAUGUGGACUGGGGUGAAAGAAGAAACACCAUCGCCUCUAUAGCUGCUGGAGUUCUGUUCUUCACUGGUUGGUGGAUCAUCAUAGAUGCAGCAGUGAAGUAUCCGCUACAGGGAGAGUUUCCCCACGCUUAUCACACAUGUGGAGUCAUCGCUACAGUGGCUUUUCUCAUGAUAAACGCUGUGUCAAAUGGCCAAGUGAGAGGUGACAGCUACAGUGAAGGCUGCAUGGGACAGACAGGCGCUCGUGUGUGGCUCUUCAUUGGCUUCAUGAUGGCUUUUGGCUCACUCAUUGCUUCAAUGUGGAUCCUGUUCGGUGGUUUUGUAGUCCCUGAGAAGCCUGUUGUGUACCCUGGCAUAGCCAUUUUCUUCCAGAAUGCAUUCAUUUUCUUCGGGGGUUUGGUCUUCAAGUUUGGACGUACAGAGGAUCUGUGGCAAUAACCGCAUCCCAAGUGUGUCUGUCCAUUAUUAUACACUGCUUUCUAUGUCGUAUGAGAAUAUGCGCCAGGCUUCAGUGAUUAUCACUUCUUACAUAGCCUUUUUUUAGCGUUCAGAGUUGACAAAUAUAAUUUAUAUUUUUGUUGCUGUUUUAAAAGGUUAAGUCAUAAACAAGCACAAAUCAUAAGACUCCUUGACAGGUUGAAUAUUUUCAACUGUGACACAUUUUAAAAUGUGUACCUGCACUGUGCAGCCAGCCGCGUUGUUAAAAUUGUGUACAACUUUUGUGUAAUUGUUUUGGGAAUUCAAUAUUCUCAAACGGUCCAAAAUUCCUGUGUGUAAGCUUACUAUUCCAUCUGUCGGAAUACAUUUUGUUAUGAUAUGUAAUUGAGGGAAUUACCAUUCACAAACACAUUAAAAACCUUGUCAUGUAGGAUGUUUGUAUGGGUCAAACAUCAAGUGAGCCGGGAAAUUUGUCGUUUAUUGUUAAAAUAGACUUAGACAAAUUAAAUUCUUAUUUAAGUUAAUUUCUUACAAUGGGGUCACACUUCGGCUACCAUGGCAUCAUUAAAAAAAGUUUUGAGCAGAAAA